GGAGAGGAAAGUAGACAGAAAAUCUGAUCACAAUGGAUUACAUCAAGCCAGCAUUUGACAUUCUGUUCGAACAAGUGAGAAAAUCAGGCAGUUUUUACAUGACCUUCUUUGCUCUUUUUCUGUACCACAUUAUGUUUGAUGACCACUUAAAAUGCUCUUGUGAAGAUGGUGUUAAAACAGUGGUUACCCCUCAACACUGUAUCUACUACAUGGUGUUUCCAGCUGUGAUCUUGAUUUUCUUGACUCUCUGGAUGGACAGAGAGUUUCAACGAGUCUUGAGAAUGACAUGCAGAUGCAGAUGUGAUUUGUGUGGAAGACUGUUGGGAUUAUUAAUUAAGGCAGUCUCUAAAGGGUUGCUGUGGGUUGUGUGUGUGCUUUUUGAUGGGGACUGGUACAUGUGCUAUCAAAGACCAACUUAUCCCUGCAGAUACAACCCUGAUAAGACACCAUUCCAAGAAGACCUAGAUAAGCAAACUGAUAUCAAAGUGUUCUCCAUGGUUUACGGCUCUGGACUGGUUCUGUUUCUACUUGUUGGGAAUUCCAUUCUGACUGCAGUACCUUGGAGGGAUAUCUGUUGUAGAUCUUGCAAGGGUGUCAGACCUUAUCACAGGGAACUAUUUGAGGAGAAUAUUUGGGAAGAGACAGAAAUUCUUAUUGAAAAAGACUUAAAGAGAACAGCUCAGGAGAGUGUAGUUCUUAAAAGCAGAGGACUACUACCACCCCUUCCGAAUGCAGCCCAAGGAAACAUACAGGGAGGCAGCGACACCACCCAUCCUGAGGUUAAAGACAGAGUGAUCACCCUUAACAACCUUCAUUUUGACAUUAUAUCUGAUCUAGAUAAUGUUAUAAUUGAUCACAUCAAUACUAUGUACCAGAACCCUGACCCUAUCCCGAACAGGUUUGCAAAUCUAUGUUCUUGUAUAACAAGUGUCUCCUCAGGAAACAUCAGACAGCCACUAACAACUGGAACAGAACUCACUAACAUAAUCCCCUAACGAUGACAUUUUUGCUAACCUUGUAUAAUAAGUGUCUAAUCAGAAAACACCGAACAGGGAGAAGAACUCAGAGACAUACACAGCAGCAACAACUGAAACCAUACAAGAACAACCAUAUUCAAGUAACGAUAACAGAAGAAGUUGCCAGAUGCCACGAACUGAGAAAGGCCCUCCAACUGUGGUGUAAUAUUGGUAAAUGUUAUAAUAUAUAUUUUUCCAUCAAAUGUGUGAAAUGUCACAUAUUUGGUUAUAAUAUGUAAAAUGAUAUGGACAUUAAUACUAUCAUACACUGUAUGUGAACCAUUUGUGAAAACUAGUUUUCAGAGACCCUCUGUUUAUAAGGCAUCUUCUGCCUCACAAUAAACUGUGUUUCUGGUUAAGGUGGCAGCAGUAGUUUGGUACAAUACAACUA